AUGGAACCUGGUAUAAGGAGCUCGGAUCUUCAAAGUGAAGCAACAAUGGAACCUGAUUCAGUACGAACAGGAGAAAAUAUACGAAACGGAGAUCCUCUUUUUCUGCAAAACUCUAAUCAUCCAGGUAUGAUCCUUGUCUCAACUCCAUUAAUGGAUAAGAACUACUUGUCUUGGAGUCGUUCGAUGAAACUCGCAUUAGGAGCAAAAGUGAAGUUAGGGUUUACUAAUGGACAAUGUAAGAUACCUGAUGAAAGUUCUCCAACAUUUGAUCAAUGGAGGAGGGUAGCUUACAUGGUUACUUUUUGGAUUUUGAAUUCAAAUUCGCGAGAGAUAGUUAAAGCUUUCCUGUAUACAACCUCUGCAAAAGAUUUGUGGAAGGAAUUGGAAGAAAGGUUCGGUGAAUGUAAUGGACCUUUGUUAUAUCAAAUCCAAAGGGAUAUUAGUUCAAUUAAUCAGGGAAAUAUGCCAUUUCUUAUGGGAUUGAAUGAUAGCUUUGAUCAUGUUCGAAAUCAGAUUCUGGUCAUGGAUCCCUUACCCACUAUUAACAAGGCAUACUCAAUGAUCUUGCGAGUUGAAAAACAGAGAGAGGUACAUGUAGCAUUUGCAGAUAAUCUUGAAAAUAGUGCUAUGUUUGCAAAAGCACAGGGUGUUAAGACAGGAUACAAGAGGAAGGAUACGAUUAAGAAGUCAGAGAGACAUUGUGAUUUCUGCAAUAACAAUAGGCAUACAAAGGAGACAUGUUUUAAGCUUCAUGGUUAUCCUGACUGGUACAAAGAUUUGAAGGAACAAAAGGGAAAGACUCAACACAAGAGUUAUGCAAAUAUGACUGAUACACCUCUGGAAGCUGGAAAGGAACUUGGCAAUACUGGAACUGAGUGGGGAACAACAAUAUCAGAAUUAAUCCAAUAA